AUGGGCCCCGAAUUAGUGCCGUCGUCUGUGGCGACGGGGCCGUCGACACGACCACUUCAACAACACCAAAAACAGCAACAACCACCGGCCAAGGACCUCCCGUUUCGGGCUACAGCAUCCUCCGAGCGGCUCCUUAUCCAGAACCCGCCAAGGCCAGGGAAUGACAACAAGCGGGCGAAGUCGGGUCGCGCGGCAGCAGGUCUUGGGUUGGCAAAGACAACGAAGCUUUGGGUUUCUGCGGGUUCGCAACCAAAACCGCUAUUGCCCCUGACCGAGCGCGCGUCACACGAAGAGAACCUUGCCGGGCGGCGGACGAAAAAGGGCAGCCGGGAUGGGGACAAGUGGGACAUCACCCCCGACGGGGGCUCGGCCGGUCGCGAGGGGAGGCAAUUCGCCGUGGCCAACGUUGGCAACAAUGGCCGCAUUUAUUUGAGGCCGACCGUUCGCCCCGCAAACCAGCGGUAUCCUCAGCCACCUUUUGUUUUUCCCAUGACACCGCCGAGUACCGCCGGACUAGAGGCCAUAGCUCCGGAACAACGCCUGGGUCUCGACGCCCACCCCCAGCUACCCCUCCGCGACUGGACACCAUCGCACCCUCCAUCGUCUUCGCCCAGCCCCGGCCUUAGAAACGGCGGCGACAAGCUGUUGAAACCCCGCCAAAAGCACCGCCGCGCCAUGUCAGAUUCGACCUUGCCAGAUACGAGCAUCGCACGAGAAUCCGAGCCGGGGGGGUUCAAGGUGGUUAUUACGCAACCGGGCGAGGACCAGAGGCCGAGGACUGUGGACGAGAUGGACUUGCAUCAACCGCCAUCACUGGAGGUGGCCAUCCCGUCGUGGAGGAUAGGCACGCCCAGGUUCAGCAUCCGAGGGACGCCAUUCAUUCGAGGCUCCUCAUAUGCCCCGACCGAGGAAAUCCGGUCCAGUAGCACUUCGUUCCUCCGCCUCACCCCCUUAGAUGGAACCUCGAGCAACUCCAGGAACGCGAGUUGCUUUCGCGUGUCAGGGAUGCUAUCCCCUUCGGCCGAUUCCUACCAUUUCCCCAACCAUACACCAGCUCGCCUCUCCCACCGACCGCGAGCCACGUACAUGUCGACCCACCUCGUCAUCGAGCCUCCCAUGUUCGACACCUUGACCUUCAAACCCGCCUGCGACGACCGCGCCAUUGUGCGGUACUCAAAUGCCGGCUCCGUCACUGCAGCCACCCCACCCCGCUUGGUCGCCGAGAUCACAUCUCCCACUUUCGUCGAUUACGAACUCCUCUCCGACUUCUUUCUCACCUACCGCUCCUUCCUCGAACCAUCCGAUCUCCUCCGCAUGCUCUUUGCCCGACUUCGCUGGGCACUGACCAGGGCCGAUGAGGUCGGCCAGGUGGUCAGGGUCCGCACCUUUGUCGCCCUGCGCCAUUGGAUUCUCAACUAUUUUAUGGACGACUUCCUGGUCGACUACAACCUACGUGUCACGUUUUGCGGUCUGUUAAACGACCUUCUCGCCGAGUUCCUGCCGGACCCGAAAACACCCAAAGUACCGCUCAAGAUUCUGGCCGAACUUAAGAAGUGCUGGCGGAGAGUCUGCGCACAGUUUUGGGACGGACCGGCCUUCGACACUAGGCUUGGUCCCGAUGUUCCAGUUUUCUCUGGGGGGAUCGCGGGCAAUCGCGACUCGCAGCUUGACCCAUCGUUCUGGUCAGAAACUGGAGCUGAACCGCCUCAGCUGGACGAUCUGAUAUUCCCCGCUAGCCCGCGCGGCCACUCGAGCUUCUACGGUGGCCUGGCGAGAGCUGGCAAUAUCGACGCUGUUGUAGCGGGGGACCGUCCAGCGACACCCGAGAUUGCCGCGGACAGUGAGCGCGCGGAACGGAACGGCGCCAUCUCACCGACCAGCAUCACUAGUGUGGACGUGGUUUCUUGUUCGUUUCCGACCAAGAGCAUGCGACCUAUGCGCCCUGGUGCGAGCUACCCAGCCGCGCACCCUGCCGAUCCCAGCUCCUUGACCAAUUCCGGUCCGGUCGCUACCACGCCUCGCGCACUCGUUGGCAAGAGAGCCCGCCCACAAGCCUCUCACAAGCGAAAUGUGAGCCUCAGUGAUUCUCUGCGCGAGCAGCCGACGACAGAGAAGGGUCUUUACAAGAAUGCCGAAUUCCUGUUAGCACUUCCCUACGCAGGCAGCUUAGUCCGCGGCGAUUUUCUCCCACCCUCCCAGGCCCUCGUCGAAGUUCCGCCACAGGUUGCGAAUGGGAGACAUACGACAAUCUUUCAACCAGCCCCAGUUGAUCCAAUGAAAGAGGAUACAGUGGCAUCCGCCAUGUCCGGCCAAGGGAUGAAGAGGCUACUGGGAAGCGUGCGCCGGGCUUUGAGCACCAAGGGGCAAAAUUUAUCACCAACUCAGGGCACCUUUAUCAACAUCUCUCCGAUUGGACCUAGGGGUGCGACCACCAACAGGCUCCCGGGCACCCCAAUAGUACCACAAGCCCGAAGUCGCCAAAACCGCGGUCGUCCUUCCGUCCGGAUCGAUUUGCUCGGCGCCGAGGUUGCUGAGGACUUCAAGAAGGCUGUGCGAGAAGACACCCAGGCCCAAUCUGAGAAAUCAGACGAGCCUCCCCGUCCCGUCGAUGAACCAACGGGUGCCGAUACGCAGGGUUCCUCGGCCUCACACUUGCACGUCUCUCCAACGACGUUCUCUCAGGACUUCGUAGUCACCCGACCGACGAGCGAUAUGGGUAUUACUACCGGCAGCAAAUCCAUCGUUAUCGUGGACGACACGUCGGUGCAAGACGACUAUCCUUUCAUGACAGGUGCCUUGCCGGUCGCUAACUCGUCGAUGGACGCCUUUACCGAAGCCUUCGCGCCGAACGGGGCGGAUCCAACGCCGCCAAACACACCGCCCGGACGCGCUCUGGGGACGCCCAGGAUGUCCUCGUACAUACUUGGCCAGCACCAUGCGCAUGACUCUGUAUCAGACAGCCCCCUGCCUCCAUUCAUCCCCGAUAUGGGUACUCUAGGGCAAGAUGAUCGUCACUCGGAGGACCAAACCAGGCCCUCGCUCGACUUUCUGAACGAGGGAGCAAGCCCACCGUCCUUUGACGGCGUUGAAAGAGGGCACACAAGGCAAUCUUCGAGUCGGUCGUAUAUCUUGAAUCACUCGGGGAGACACAUUCGCCGCUCGUCUUUCACAAGCGGUGAUUUCCAGCAUCUGACUGUCCGCAGCUUCGAUGCAACGACCGUCUCGGGCCAGUCCAUCGGCGACUCAUCCCCGAUUAUGGCCCCCGAACCACUUCGAGUUCUGAGGCGAAGACCAGGCGGUGAUCUCCGCGCCGUCACUAACGUCGGCGACUUGGACCCGUCCCCGCUCAGGAGGUCGCGCUCCGUCGCAUCCCUGACCACAUACAGCGACUCCAUUCGCAGCUCAUAUCUUCGUAGCGCUGUUGCGGACUCGAGCGGCUUCGUUGAUGUUGUCGCCAGUGAUUACUCCCCCGGCCAGGCAGAAACAUUCUCAUUAGGUGCCAUUGCUGAGAAGAAGCCUAAGCAAAACCUAUCUCUAUUCAGCACCCACUCAUCCAAGCCGAUCAUGCGACCGUCGUUCGAAGUCGAGGCUCAGAAGCUCGCGCAGAUUCCUGACGACAUGGACGAUGAUGGGGGCGUUGAAUCUGCACUGCUGAAGCUGGAGGGCAAGUUCCCGACAAGGAAGCCCGGACUCAAAUUGUCGAUGGACCUCAGGGGGGCACCGGGCAUGGAGGAUGUUCCCAGCUGGGAGGGAGGGUAUGAGGAGCAUGAUGCCACAAAAGAAGAGAAGAAGGAACACCACGAGGUCGAAAUCGGGUCUGAACCUUACCCGCCGAGCUCCUCAACCGCACCCUCCACCAUCACACCCAAGGGUGGCUUGUUGGACGUGGCUGGUGUCCAGGGGCACCACAGUGUUGUGCAGUCGUUCUUGUCGGACGAUUCAAGGGCAUCUUACUCGUCGAUACCAUUACUAGAACGCGAUUUGACCGAUGAUGGGCGGACGGCAACCCGAGAAUGGACGGGCCGGUCCGUCUUACAGGGGCCUGAGGAAGACCCGUCAACACCAGACGGCCGCAGCGUCCACGACUCGCAACAUCCCUCGUAUGAGUUUAUCAAGAAGACGGAUAGUAUCGGUCUGAUUCGACAAGGAGCCACCAUGCCAGAAAACGAGUCGGCGCGGGACAGCUUUGAGCAAUCCUUCCUGGAUGUCGACAGCGAUAACGAGAGUGUUAUCUCCUCGGAGUUAUCUGCAGAGGCCCUGAUUCAAGACGCCGAGGAUGGCGAGUUCUCGCCGGACGACAUUGGCGUUGCCAUAUCCACAUUGCCAGCCCAUCCUCUUGCCGAUGACCCGCGUGCCGCGCGGCCGCCGUCCCCGACCAUCACUCUUAUGCAGGCCCUCCAAUUGUCCCCGGAAACCGCCUAUGUCCCGACAGUCCAGGACCAUCAAGUGUACGAAAAGCCACUGCCACCCACGCCCGACACCACACCAACCACGACGGCGCCGCCGCUUUGCUCGCCCGCAGAUCCAACCGGGACCAAGGAGGCACUCCGCAACGCUCCAACUCUCGAGAUUCCCGAUCCUAUGAACGUGCCUCUUAAUACGCCGCUUAGUAAAUACUCGGUUCACUUGCCCUUCAUCCUCGCCUUCGACAGCGACAUCCUAGCGCAGCAAUUCACUCUUGUUGAGAAGGACGCCCUCAACGAGAUCGACUGGAAGGAACUGAUCGAGAUGCGCUGGAAGAACGCCGAGCAAAAGGGCAUCCAUGUGCGCAGCUGGGUGUCCUUCCUGCGCGACACGGACGCGCGCGGCGUCGAGGUGGUCAUCGCGCGCUUCAACAUCAUGGUCAAGUGGGCCAUCUCGGAGAUUGUGCUGACGCAGGACAUGGAGGAGCGCGCGCGCUGCAUCAUCAAGUUCAUCCACAUCGCCGCCCACUGCCGCCGCUACCGCAACUUUGCCACCAUGAGCCAAGUCACUAUCGCGCUCACUAGCAACGAGGUCAGCCGCUUGAACAAUACGUGGGCCAUGGUCCCCGCGGGCGACAAACGCACGCUGACGGAGCUGGAGGCGCUGCUGUCGCCGACCCGGAACUUUUACAACAUGCGCGCUGAGAUGGAGGGCGGCGGCGCCUCCGUCUCGGGCAUGGGGUGCAUCCCCUUUGUGGGCAUCUACACGCACGACCUGCUCUUCAACGCGCAGAAGCCGAGCGAGAUUGCGAGCUCGCCCACCACCGCGCCCCUGGUCAACUUUGAGCGCUGCCGCACCGCCGCCGGCGUGGUCAAGACGCUGCUGCGCCUGCUCGAGGCCAGCAUGCUGUAUACCUUCCAGCCCAUCGAGGGCGUUACGGAGCGGUGCUUGUGGAUGGGCGCGUUGGGGGAUGAGGAGAUUAGGCGGUUGAGCGAGGGCUUGGAGUAG